AUGGCGCAAGGCUGCCAUUGCACAUAUCCUGCAUCCCUGCAUCCCUGCAUCCCCGUCCCCAGAGGUCAUCUCUACCCCACCGCUCGUCUUGCCCAAAGCCCGGGCCUGGCAACCAUCCACAACAACCUGCCCCGGUACUGGGCAGAAUCGCUUCACCGCCUCGCGAGCAACGGUCGCCCCCGGACGGCGGACGCAGAGAAUGCGCGUUCCCCUGCGUGGGCUUGGGCAGAGCACUCGUUCUGGCGUCUGGCGGAGCACGAAGAUAUCGCCCGCUCCGUGGGCUAUUCCACCAGUCCACCAGUCCUGCAGUCCUGGCCCCCAGGUCGAUGA